CGUUAUAACAUUUAAUCCAGCAUUUUGACGAGUACACCCACACUUGACAUUGCAGAGUACAGGCAAUUAUGAGUUGCAUCAUACGAAUAGCCAGAAUGUCGAAUUUUAUGUUUCCUACGAGCGGAGCCCCUUUUUGGAGAGUGUUGUUCAGGGGUAAAUAAGGCAUCGACGCCAGUUUCUGGUAACGUAGAAAUUAUAAGCAGGACAAAGUUAGAAAUAAUAAGAUACAUUUUUAUUUACUUGUGAAGUUUGCUUAUUAAGUCGAGGUAAAAAACGAAUACACGUUCAUGUCAAAAUAAACAUAGCGGUGCUUACAGCCACCGGAAAGCCCUAUUCGGGUGCGUUUAGUGUUUCUUCUGGGGGUUCGGUGUGUAGUUUGCAAAGUUAUCGGAUGACCGCUUCGGACUGGAUACGAAAGAUGUGUAAUUCCCCCAAAUUAGUACAGCCAUUUUAGAGAUGAAACUAAUCAAAUCUGGAUGUUAACGCGUUUAGAAAACAAAUUACAAUAUAAUUUUCGUUUUGGGGUUUAAUGUAUUAAUGAAACACGAUUAAAACAAAACAGGACCGUUCUCUCUCCCAUAUAUUAGCUACAAAUUUCUGUGCUCAGGCGGCUGCUGUAAUAGAGGCUGUAAGUGUUGGCUGUCAGACGUUCGUCUGGAAAACUUAAGUGUCCGUAGAAGCUGCACUUUUACCGGAUAAAUGUUUUUUCCGCUUUACGAAAAGGAGGCGUGCCUUUAUGUAUAACAUUGUAUUACCGAGAUGGCAGAUCGGAGUACCUAUGCCGAAAGAAGCCAGGCUUCGCCGAAAUACACAAGGACAUCAGUACACGGGGUGUACAGACCCUUGGUCCUCACUGCUUUUCGGAAAUAACUCCAUCAUCAUGAUUCGGAAGACCGGUCCCUGUCUGUGGACCCCAGUUUCUCAGGAAGACCCAGCCCCAUGUGACCGCUAUAAGCAUGCGUGCUGCUGCCAGGGGGGCAACAUUUACCUGCUGGGUGGGCGAAGCCAAACCACGCUGAAUGACUUCUGGAAGUACAAUGUUGUUCGCAAUGAGUGGACGAGCCUGGACUGUGGUUGCGAGGAGGCCCUGGAACAAGCGUCCAUGGUGGCCAAUCAGCGUCUCCUGUAUGUCUUUGGUGGGAUGAUAGACUGUGCAUAUGCUCAAAGAAAGACCCCUCUCUGGCUCUACAAUACAGAUACUGACCAAUGGCAGCACUGCCAGGGCAAGGAGCAUCAGUCACAGCGCAGGGCUCCUGUGAACAGGAAGGGGCACAGUGCUGUGGUUUUUGAGGCCGCCAUGUACGUGUUUGGGGGAUACGUCGACCUGAAAGGCUCAUCGGGGGAAUUCUGGAGCUUUCAUUUUGACUCGGGUGUGUGGUCGUCACUGACCCGCGCGCAGGGAGAGACGGGCCCCGGACCACGCCAUGGGCACUCGGCUGUGGUGCACCAGGACGGCAUGUACCUCUACGGGGGGUUGGCAGGCCUCAGGGAGCUGGGUGACUUCUGGAGGUGGAGUUUCUCCAGAAGCAACUGGAGCAGCAUCAGAUCCCACUCUGGCCCCUCCCGGCUAGUGGGCCAUUCGGCGGUGGUCUGCCGGGGGAGCAUGCUACUGUUUGGGGGAGCGGGGGGCCAGUGCCUCGCCAGUGAAGACCUCUGGAGGUUCAGCUUCGCCGAUCAGACCUGGGAAAGGCUUUCCAGGCUAACCGAGGUUGCCCCACCCUACAAGGUGUACCACUGCAGUGUGGGACUGGGCCCCGCCUUCCAAACUCAAAGUGCUGCUUUUCCUGCGUGCCUAGACCGGUCCAAAAGCAGCAGGGCCAAGUUCAAAGCUUUACGCUAUUUUCCCGGGGCUCUCGGCCGGCCCACUGGCCCCAUCGAAGACACCAUUCACCUGGAGACCUUCUGCGUCAGUAGCGUCUUGGAGAAGGACUACCAGUCUAGCAGGCUGGCUGAAGGCAGCCCCCAGACUAUGGAGGUGACAGCGAAUGGGCUUGGCCUCACAUUUGAAAACCGAGACGCUUGCAGUAGAGACAUGGACUGUGAGGAAACACCCAGCCCAGGGGUGAGCGAGCACAGGCACCCAGAUGUGCUCCUACUCUUGGGGGGAAGGCCCCUCAGUGAAGGUGCAAGCAUCUCCGUGUGGCAGAUGACACCUUCUGACCUCUGACCUUUGGAAAAGGACCAAACGGCCCUCCAGUGCCAUAAGAUGCAGGGUGUCUGCAUUGUCUGUAGAUGAGGUUCUCAUUAUUUGUCCGCUUGACACCUAUUGACCAUUAAUAUUGUAUUUAUUUGACUUACAGUUCAUUUAUCAGCAUUAUGCCAAAUUAAAAUGAAAAUAGGGACUUUA